GUUUCAGUCUGCAGUAAUCGCUCAUCCAGGAGCCUGUUCCACUCAGGGAUAUUUGGAUUUUUUCAGUCUGGAUGCUGUAGCUCGGGGUUAAGCUCUCUCUCUCUCUUACUUCCCUGUGUGUCUGUGUGUGUUUGAGGACGCUGCAUGUCUGGCAUGCAGACAUGGGCCCCUCGUUAUGCUCUAGGAUUACCGUCUGCCUGCUCAUCACCUUGGCUCAGGUGAUCGCCGUGACCUGCCAAGAAGACACCAAGAAAGACGAGAAGAAAGCAGAAAGCUGCACGGUGGACGGGGAGCUCUACCAUCACAACGACAUCUGGAAACCGGCGCCUUGUCGGGUGUGCGUCUGUGACAAUGGCGUCACCAUCUGCGAUGAGGUGCAGUGUGAGCUGCUGACCAACUGCGAGAAGGUGGUGACACCUGAAGGAGAGUGCUGCCCCGUGUGCGAGAACUUUGCCAGUGCCAGCAGGCAGAUUGAAAUUAUGGGCUUCAAGGGACAGAAAGGAGAACCAGGUGAUAUCCCAUAUGUGGUGGGGCUCCCUGGACCUUCAGGACCACAGGGUCCUCCUGGAGCUCAGGGACAAACUGGACCAAGAGGCUUUAAAGGCAGACGGGGAUAUGUGGGGCCUGCAGGAAUUGAUGGAGAGCCAGGUGUGCCAGGAAAUCCAGGAGAGCCAGGACCCCCAGGCCAUCCCUCCCUCCCCGGGGGACAACUAGUGUCACAGAUGGCUUCAGGUUUCGGAGAGAAGUCUAGUCUGGCUGGGAUGAUAUCAGGAUCAAGGGGUGAAGCAGGAUCACGAGGACUUCCAGGAUCGCCUGGACAACAAGGUCCUCCAGGAAUUCAGGGAAUUCCAGGAGAGGCUGGAGAUCCAGGACAAAUGGUGACUGUUGUGUCUGUUCACAGGGUGAGCCGGGUCAUCGAGGACCAGAUGGGCCUCCAGGAAAAACUGGACCGGAUGGAGAACCUGGACCUUCAGGUGCUGCAGGAGAACCAGGAUUCCCAGGAUCUGCGGGUGCACGAGGAUUCCCAGGACUUCCAGGGACAUGCUGGCCUUUUUGGGCCAAAAGGCGAGUCUGGAGCAGUUGGAACCAAGGGUAAAUCUGGCACUCCAGGAGGAAUGGGUGCUCCAGGCCAACAGGGACCAGCUGGCAUGCAGGGAGAGAGAGGCAGAGCUGGACCAACUGGUCCUGUGGGAAAACGUGGUACACCUGGCGAUGUUGGCAAACCCGGCCCUCUGGGUCCAAUGGGACUCCUCGGCGUUCCAGGAUUUCCCGGUAGCCCAGGAAUGAAGGGUGAAGCAGGACCAACAGGGGUCAGAGGAAGUCAAGGACAGCAGGGUCCCAGAGGGGACGGUGGACAUGUAGGACCAGCUGGACCAACAGGACAGCAGGGUGCUGAAGGACCAGAUGGCACUCCAGGUGCCCGCGGCCAAUCGGGUAUAGCAGGUGUUCAGGGUCCAUCAGGGCCUUUGGGCCCACCUGGUCCCCCUGGCCCCCAAGGAACCACAGGAGCACCAGGUCCAAAGGGCCAACUGGGCGAAGUCGGAGUGCCCGGAUUCAAAGGAGAAGCUGGAUCCAAGGGAGAAAGAGGUGACCAUGGUGUUCCCGGUCCAUUGGGCCCAAUGGGAGAGGACGGGAAGCGUGGACCCCGAGGUGAUGCUGGAUCCAUCGGGCCUCAAGGACCUACAGGAGAGACAGGAUCUCCAGGAAACCGAGGUUUCCCCGGUGCCGACGGUUUACCAGGCCAAAAGGGAGCCCAGGGAGAAAGAGGAGUGCCAGGCUCGCUCGGCGCCAAAGGUUUAGAUGGAGAUCCAGGACGCAAUGGAGAGCCGGGAUUAACAGGAGCUCGGGGUCUCACAGGACUGAUUGGUGCCCAGGGUUCAGAGGGAAAGCAAGGACCAAUGGGCUCAGGAGGUGACGAUGGCAAACCAGGUCCUGCUGGUUCUACCGGGGGCCGAGGGCCGACUGGACAAAUGGGUCUGCCAGGACCAAAAGGCUUCGCUGGUGAUGCUGGGAAGAUUGGGGAGGCUGGAAGCGCCGGAGCUCCAGGCCAAAGGGGAGUGAAUGGAAAAGACGGAGAGGAAGGCGCUGCUGGUUCAACUGGUCCAGCUGGUCCUGCAGGAAAGAGAGGAGAACAGGGACCACAGGGACUGCACGGUUUCCAGGGUUUGCCAGGAAUGCCAGGACCUCCUGGAGAGUCAGGAAAACCAGGUGUUGAGGGUCUUGCUGGAGAGGCUGGUGCUGGUGGAGGUACAGGUCCAAGAGGAGAAAGAGGCCCUCCAGGAGAGAGAGGUGAAAUCGGCCCCAACGGGCUGCCAGGACCUAAAGGUAGUCCAGGUGCACCAGGACCAGAUGGACCAAAGGGUAGCCUUGGUCCAAAGGGGGCUGGUGGAGAGCCAGGAGGUCCAGGACUUAUGGGGAUGCCAGGAGAGAGAGGCAUAUCCGGACCUUCAGGGCCAAAAGGAGAUGCAGGCUCCGUCGGAGAGGCGGGAGCCGAGGGUAAAGCUGGAGCUGACGGUGCCCGGGGGCUUCCUGGUCCUGUUGGACCCGUUGGCUCUGGUGGACCCAAUGGAGAGAAGGGUGAAACCGGCCCACAAGGACCAACUGGACGUCGAGGCACAAGAGGAAUCCCCGGUUCUUCUGGUGAAAAUGGUCCAAUCGGAGCUGUCGGCUUCCCCGGUACUUCUGGUCCUGAUGGUCAGCCUGGGGUCAAAGGUGAAGUAGGUGAGCCAGGCCUGAAGGGAGAGGGAGGACUACCUGGACCACAGGGCAUGGCUGGGAAAUCAGGAGGACAGGGUCCGGUUGGUGUGACUGGACUGAAAGGUGGCAGAGGAACACAGGGUGCUACGGGUUCUCCUGGUUUCCCCGGGUUGCCUGGAGGAGUUGGACCAGUCGGCUCUCUUGGUUCUGUUGGAGCCGACGGGCCUAUAGGUGAACCUGGAAAGUCCGGAGCUCCCGGUAUUAUCGGAGAGAACGGAGCUCCGGGACGUCAAGGAGAGAGAGGACCUCCAGGACCAGCAGGCAGCGGCGGAGAGAAGGGAGACUCCGGAGAGGACGGCCCUCCGGGGCCUGAUGGGCCUCCAGGACCUGCUGGCGCCUCAGGACAGCGAGGAGUCGUGGGUCAGCCCGGACUCAGAGGAGAAGCGGGCAUGCUGGGACUGCCAGGUCCAGCUGGUCCACCUGGAAAAGCCGGAGCUGCUGGAGUUCGGGGAGGUGUCGGGCCAUCGGGUGGAGUCGGUUUCCCAGGAGCCACCGGACCAAGAGGAGACGCCGGCCCGGAGGGUCUCGCUGGAGCAGAGGGGCCUCCUGGGAAGGACGGUCUUGUAGGGGAAAGGGGAGACAGGGGUAACACUGGUCACGAGGGUCUGCCUGGUGCUGCUGGGUCUCCAGGAACUGAGGGUCCUGUUGGAAAGACGGGCGGUCCAGGACAAAAAGGCGACAACGGUGGCAGAGGCGCAUCUGGACCCCAAGGACCACCUGGAGUAAGAGGGAAAGUGGGCCCUCAAGGACCACAGGGAGAGAAAGGAGCGGUUGGAGAACAAGGAGAGAGGGGACAGAAAGGACACAGAGGAUUCACUGGACUCCAUGGUUUGCCAGGAACAACUGGCGCCACAGGAGAGCCAGGAACUACCGGUAUCGUUGGACCAGCCGGGUCAAGGGGUCCCCCAGGAGUGUUGGGUCCUCCAGGAAAGGAAGGAAACAUCGGUCAUCCUGGACCCAUGGGUGCUCCUGGAAGCAGAGGCUCCAGUGGAGACAUCGGGGCACAGGGUCCACCUGGUGAUGAUGGACCAGCCGGCCCUCCAGGCUCCCCCGGACCUCCCACUGCAGCUAUGGAAGAUCUCUUCGAUGGCCUUUACGACUAUGACGGGAAGGGCGGCGUGCCAGAAGCUGUGGAGUUCGUUGAGGACGACGUGGCCGCUGAUCCUCCUCCUCUCCUUCCUGAGAUCAACAGAGAUGAAGCUCUUCCCAAUAAGAAGUCGGCCGUCCUGCGUGCAGACACCGGAGUCCACGCUACGCUGAAGACCCUCAGCGGACACCUGCAGAACCUCCGCAGCCCAGACGGCACCAAGAUGAACCCUGCAAAGACCUGCCAGGACAUCAAGCAGUGCUACCCUCAGAAACAGAGCGGCGAGUACUGGAUUGAUCCAAACCAAGGAAGCACCAAAGAUGCCAUCAGAGUCUUCUGCAAUAUGGAAAGUGGUGAAACCUGCAUCUCCGCCAAUCCAGCCAACUUCCCCGGCAAAGCCUGGUGGACCAAAUCCAGUCCCAGUGCCAACAAACCCAUCUGGUUUGUAGUCGACAUGAACAGUGGAACCAGAUUACGCUACGGAAACGCGGAGGAGCAGCCCAACGCCGUAGCAGUUCAGAUGAAGCUGCUGCAGCUUUUGUCCAAAGAGUCGCACCAGACCAUCACCUACCACUGCAGGAACAGCGUGGCUUAUAAAGACGAGAAAAACACCAACAUGAAGAAAGCUCUGGUCCUCCGAGGCUCCAACGGCCAGGAGCUCAGAGCGCAGGGCACCAACCGCCUCCGAUACACCGUCAUCGAGGACGGCUGCACGAAAUCUAACGGACAGUGGGGCAAGGCAGUGUUUGAGUACAGGACUCAGACUCCAGCCAGGCUGCCCGUGGUGGAUGUGGCCCCCAUGGAUAUUGGAAAGCCGGAUCAGGAGUUCGGCCUGGACAUCGGCCCCGUGUGCUUCUUAUAAAACUACACAAGAUGGACAGAAAUGGCCCUUUUCUUAGAGGAGUAACAUCAUCACCAGUAUUUAUAGUAUAUGGACUCCUCUUUCUGUGAGCGUACAAGUGGAUGAAGGUUAGAUUCUUCUACACACGGCUGCAUUUCUCCUUGUUAAUAAAGUUACAGUCUGGAGCACCAGUACUCUGCAGGGAAAUGCAUGUGGGAGGAAAAAAAUAAGGUGCUAAACUUAUGUAAAACAACAUAGUUAAGAUGUGUUGUAAAGUUGCAUAAGCUGGAAAAACAGCAAAAAUAUUAAAGUGAUGGCGUCUGAGAGCAGAUUGCAUAAGAACUGUUUUCCAGUAAAUGUACAUCCAGAGGCCUGAGAGGGCGAGAGCUAAUAUAACUAUGACUGUAGUUCUUAAUUUUAAUGGAAUAAAAAAUGAAAAUCAUGCUUGAACCUAAAUUAUUAAGUUCUGUGCAGGAACUCAUUUACUCUUUAAACAGAAAAAAAACUUUUUAUCUCCUUUUUAAAUCUUCAACUGUAAAUGCAACAUAUGGCUGUAAAUUGCAAAUGAUUUGUUUGUUGUUGACUAUGGAUGUGGAAUAAAUGUCUUCUUUGGAAUGACUCUGCUCUUCCCCGGGAAAAAACCAAAGCAAGGAAUGUUGAAUAAACAUUCGGAUCUCCUUUAAGAAUUGUUAAGUUUUGACCUUUGGGCCUGACUUUAACAAGCUGCUGUUCUUAUCAAAAACUGCCAUAAAAUAUAU